AUGGGGUCUCAUAAAUUCUACCCUCCUUUGGUCUUUCUACUCUUCAUGUUUUGUCUAUUAACCAUCACAGCUACUACAGGAUCCCAUAGAGCAAAGGGUACACAAAACUGGUUGAAUCAUGGUGGAGAUUUGCAUAAUAGAAGAUAUGCCAACAAGGAGACCAAAAUCAGCCCUACAACUGUUUCAAAACUACGUCUAAAGUGGAAAUUCUAUGCUGGCGAUAAUAUAAGUGCAACGCCAGCCAUUUUCGAUGGUAACCUAUAUUUCCCAAGCUGGAAUGGUUACAUCUAUUCCAUCAAAGUGUCUGAUGGAUCUCUAGUUUGGAAGAAGAAUCUGCAAAGGUUAACUGGCCUUAAAGCAUCUGCGUUUGUAACUAAUGUCAACUGGACGGUAUCAAGAUCAACACCAACAAUAGCUGAUGACCUCCUCAUCAUUGGAAUCUAUGGACCAGCUGUGGUUAUUGCUGUGGAAAGAUCAACUGGGAAGCUUGUUUGGUCAACACAGCUAGACAACCAUGCUGCUGGAUUUAUCACCAUGUCUGGAACUUAUUUCAAUGGGGGCUUCUAUGUUGGUACAUCUUCACUAGAAGAAAUUCUUGGAAUUGGACAAUGCUGCACCUUCCGUGGUAGCUUAUCCAAAUUAGAUGUUCAUUCUGGUUCCAUCUUAUGGCAAACUUUUAUGUUGCCUGAUAACCAUAACAAACUUGGAGGAUAUUCUGGAGCUGCUAUAUGGGGAAGUAGUCCUUCCAUUGAUAUCACAAGGAAUCAUGUCUACAUUGCCACUGGGAACUUAUACUCAACUCCGUUAAAUGUAUCCCAAUGUCAGGAAAAGGAGAAUAAUCAAACUGUACCAACUCAUCCAGACGAGUGUCUUGAGCUUGAUAUCCACUCAGAAUCAAUCCUGGCACUUGAUCUAGAUUUUGGAAAGAUAAAAUGGUAUCACCAACUAGGAGGGUAUGAUGUAUGGUUCUCGGCAUGUAGCAAUCUUUCCACCCCUAAUUGUCCACCUGGUCCAAACCUAGAUGCUGAUUUUGGGGAGGCACCAUUAAUGCUAAGCAUAAAGAGGAAUAAGACCAAAUUAGAUAUUGUUGCUGCUAUUCAGAAAAGUGGAUUUGCUUGGGCUUUGGAUCGUAAUAAUGGCAGCCUCAUAUGGUCUACAGAAGCUGGACCUGGUGGCAUUCAGGGAGGGGGUACUUGGGGAGCGGCCACCAACACCAAGAGGGUGUAUACCAACAUUGCCAACUCUGAUGGCAAGAACUUCACUCUCAAACCAUCUAAGGCAACUACAACUGCUGGUGGAUGGGUGGCAAUGAAUGCUCACAAUGGCAAUAUCCUUUGGUCCACCGCCAAUCCUAGCAAUGCCACCGCUGCUGGUCCUGUUACUGUGGCUAAUAAUGUGCUCUUUGCUGGAUCCACAAAUCCAAGAGGACCCAUAUAUGCGAUGAAUGCCAAAACUGGAGAAAUCCUAUGGUCAUAUGAAACAGGAGCCAUAGUCUUUGGGGGAAUGUCGGUGAGUGAUGGAUGUGUAUAUUUGGGUAAUGGAUAUAGGUUUGCAUCCUCCCCUAAGGGAACAUCACUCUUUGCCUUAUGCAUCUCAUGA